ACUUAAGACAAACUUAAGCGAGUACCUAAACAUGCCCUUUUAGGACCAUGAUAGAUACUUAGUGGAGAAAUGGACAAAAACUAUCAUCAACUUUGGGGAGACUCUUCUCUUCCUGUCUCUUCUUUCACAUAAUCCACAUUUGUACUCAGCGAUGAACUGGAACCCUAGAUUCAUCCAUUUCCUUUCUACCCUAAAAACAAAGAACAAAACCCAGAAUUCAUUGCUGUACAAUACAAUAGCAUAUAUUUACAUGUACAUAAAUUAAUCAAUAUCCAUCCCCUAGUCAAGAAAUGGAAUUACACAUGGAAAACAACCACUACUCGUUGAUUAGAAUCAGCUUUAAGCCUAUUAUUAUUAUAUAAAGAAGGGAGAGUUUUCCCAACCAGAAAUAAUAACCAAAGCUAAAUUAAACUACUGUCACGAUGAUAUUAGCGACGACCAUCACCGCGUCGCUAUUGCUCCUGUUCUCGUCGCUAAUACUGCGUUCCCAUUGGUCCAGCGCGGAACUCGACAGCGACGGUGGUUCAUCCGGCCACGCGCUCGGGCGGUAUUACUACCAGACGAUGAGACAUCACGGGCGAGGUGGGAGGCACCGGCCGGCGUUCCGGGCCGGCCCAUGGAAGAAAGCCCACGCCACUUUCUACGAGGGCAACACCCGAACCUACGGCGGCGCGUGCGAUUACACGGACGUGGUGGGGGAAGGAUACGGCAUGAACACGGCGGCGCUCAGCAACGCCCUUUUUAAGGACGGCAGGGUCUGCGGCGCGUGCUUCCAGAUCGAGUGCGUCGACGACCCGCAGUGGUGCAAACCGGGCCAGCCGCCUUUGUUGGUCACGGCCACGGAUCUCUGCCCGCCCAACCCGUUCCAGCCCAGCGACAACGGCGGGUGGUGCAACCCGCCCCGGGAGCAUUUCGACAUCGCCAUGCCCGUCUUUGACCGCCUCGCCGAGUUCAAGGCCGGAAUCAUCCCCGUCCAAUAUCGCCGGGUGCCAUGCAGGAAGCGAGGUGGGAUCCGGUUCACGAUGAACGGCAACCAGUGGUUCUACGAGAUCAUAGUGUCCAACGUGGGAGGAGCCGGCGACAUCGUCGGCGUUCAAGUGAAGGUCGACAAGAGCAGGCUCCGGUGGACUUCCUUGGACCACGACUGGGGCGCCACGUGGAAGACCGGCUUCCCUCUGCAAGGGAAGACGCUGAGCUUCCGGGUGAAAUCGAGCGACGGAAGGUACAUGACUUCCAUGCACGUCGUCCCUAGCAACUGGCAGUUCGGCCAGACUUUCGAGGGCCGGAACUUCAAGUCCGGUGGAAGAAGAAGAAGGAACUUCAAGUCCGGAGGAAGGAGAAGGAAGGGUAUUGGCCAGCUUUAGGUUUCUCAUGAGUCAUGAACAACAACAUUGAAGGAUGGUGAGAUUGGCAAAAGGAUUACUAAGAAUUUGGUGAGUUAGUCGGAUCAAAUCGAAUCGUAGAUCGGCAAAAUUUUCAGCUUGUUACUAGCUGUUGUACAUGUAUUGUUACAUUCGUGAUUGGCCAAGUAAUUACAAGCAAGCGAUAAAAGGAACAAAAGAAGUAUCUGGGU